AUGGAAGUUAGAAAUGUCACUGAGUUUGUGCUACUCGGACUAACCAGCAACCCUCGGAGCCAGGUGCUUCUCUUUGUGCUGUUCUUGGUGAUUUACCUCCUGACCCUCGUGGGGAACCUGCUGAUGCUGAUGCUGAUCAGCUCUGACGCCCACCUUCGUACCCCCAUGUACUUCUUCCUGAGAUACCUCUCCUUCAUGGACGCUUUCUACUCUUCGGUCAUUGUGCCCAAGUUGCUGAGAAACCUUAUUUCUGAGUGGAAGACCAUAUCCUUCCUUGGGUGUUUCAUUCAGAUCGCCCUGGUCAUAUUUUCUGGGGCCACCGAAGCCUGCCUCCUUUCCGCCAUGGCCUAUGACCGGUUCCAGGCUGUGUGCCACCCGCUGUUGUAUGUGGUCACUAUGAAUGGAAAGGUAUGUUCUGGGAUGGUGGCUAUAUCCUGGGCCGUAGGAAUGAGCGUUAGCCUGGUUAACACCCUCCUGCUAGCUCAGGAGAACUUCUGUGGCCCCAACGUCAUCCACAAUUUCGCCUGUGAGCUUCCUCCGGUGCUCUUGUUGGUCUGUUCCGACCCCCACACUACUAUUGCCUCCAUCCUGACCACGUUGGUGAUCUUGGGUUUUGGUUCACUUAUCCUCCUGCUGGGAUCCUACAGCCGCAUCAUCAAGACAGCCCUGGGCGUCAACUCGGCCGCAGGUCGGAGCAAGAUCUUCUCCACAUGUUCCUCCCAUUUCCUUGUGGUUACCAUCUUUUAUGGUUCAGGAGUGUUCAGGUACAUGACUCCAGCAUCCGGCUCAGCCUUGGAGCAAGUGUUGUCUUUGCAGUACAGCGUGGUGACCCCGCUGCUAAAUCCCCUCAUCUACAGCCUGAAAAACAAGGACGUCAAGGCGGCUCUGAGGAGGAUGCUGAGCAGGAAGUCCAGACUGACCUUGUAG